UUAUAUAUUUAUAUAUAGUUUGGUUUUAGUUUCAAUUGUAGUUAAACUUAAUGCAUUUCCAUUGCGCAACUGCAAAUACUCACAGCAGCAAUAUAAAUAAUUUUGCGCACGCUUAAAGCCCGAGCAAUACAAACACACACACACACACAGAGACACAUACACACACACGCACACACAUAUACAAAUGCAAAAAUGUCGCUACCUAACGAACAUCAGACAACGCACGUGCAACACAAUCAAAACACAACACCAACACCAACUACACCAACAACAGGCAAUACAGACUCUAGCACAGACAACAACCACACAGCAUCACCCAGUGUGCCCAAUGAGCUGAAGCAGAGACAGAAACCAAUGCUCUCGCCGCUGAAUGUGCGACGGCUAUCCUCGUAUGCGGCGCACAAUGUGGCCGCUGAGUUUGGUGACGAUGAGGGCGUGGCGCCGGCGCCGCCUCUAUCCACAACCAUCAAUAUGAAUGCGCUUAGCAAUAACAACAACAACAACACCAACAAUAACAACAACUACAAUAACAACAACAACAACAACAACAACACAUCAUCAACAACGUCCUCAUCAUAUGCCACGCCCCCAACAUACCAACAGCAAUUGUCGACAAUGACAACAACAACGCCGCUCGAUUCGGUUAACGAUGAUAAAUAUAAAUUAUUUACCAUCUACAAUGGAAACGACCCCGACAAUGAGAAGUUGUCCGGCCUUCCACAUUCAACAACUGGUUCACUAAGCUCAAUCAUCACGACGUCCAUAGCAUCCUCCGAACCGGAUCCAGGUGCGGCGGGCGGCGGCGGCAGCGGCGGUGGAGCUGGAGGUGGCGGCGGCGGCGGCGGAGGCAUCGGCUCCGCUGUCCUAGCCGCAGACGCAUCCAGCAUUGCCGGCAUCAAUGGCAGCUCCGAGGAGAAGUUGGCCCUCAAUCGGCCCGGCAUCAAGCAAGAGAAAUGGACAACGAUACUGCUGCAGGUCUCCAUACCGUUCUUCCUGGCCGGCAUCGGCACCAUCGGAGCGGGCAUUGUACUGGGACGCGUCGAGAAAUGGUAUGUCUUCAAGAACGUCAGCGAGCUGUUUAUCUUGGUGCCGGCGCUGCUUGGCCUGAAGGGCAAUCUGGACAUGUGCCUCGCCUCGCGUCUCUCCACGCAGGUGAAUCUGGGCAACAUGACGGCCCGGUCGGAGUGGGUGCGCCUGAUUGUGGGGAACAUAGCGCUCGUGCAGGUCCAGGCAACGGUCGCCUCCUUUCUGGUGGCCAUGUUUGCGACCAGUGUGGGCGCGGCGAUGACGGGCAACUUCUACUUUGAGAAUGUGAUGCUGCUGACCGCCUCGGCCAUGUUUACGGCCACCUCAUCGUGCUUUGUGCUGGAUUUUGUGCUUGUCGCUGUGAUUCUGUUCUCGCAGAAGUAUCACCUGAAUCCGGACAAUCUGGCUACGCCGCUGGCCGCCUCCAUCGGCGAUGUUGUCUCCAUCAGUCUGCUGUCGUUCAUUGCCUCGCUGCUCUAUGAGAAUAUAAAGACCCAUCUCUGGAUCACUUUCAUUGUGGUUACCUGUUACCUGGUGCUGCUGCCCAUGUGGGUUGUCAUCGUGCUGAAGAACGAGUACACGCGGCCGGUGCUAAAGAGCGGUUGGGUUCCAGUGCUCUCAGCGCUCUGCAUCAGCGGACUCGGCGGUCUCGUGCUGGACGCUGCUGUGGAGGUGUUCAAUGGAUUUGUGGUCUUUCAGCCAAUUAUUAAUGGUAUUGGCGGCAAUCUGGUGUCCGUGCAGGCUAGCAAAAUAUCAACGAUGUUGCAUCAAAGUUCAAUUAUUGGCAUAAUACCACCGCACACGAAAAUUGUCGAAUGGCCCUGGCGAGCGCUGUUCAAGGGCGUGCCCUAUGCCAAAACGGCUCGCAUUCUCAUUGCCAUGUCCAUACCUGGCAAUAUAUUGUUCAUCUUUGCGGCCGAUUAUAUAAACAUGAGCGCGACGACUGUGACGUGGGUAUUUGUGCUCUCCUAUCUGGUAGCCAGUUUGCUUCAGGUAAUGUUGCUGUUGUAUAUUGCGCACAUCAUUGUGCAUGCGAUGUGGAAGUGGAAGAUCGAUCCGGAUAACUCGGCUAUUCCCUAUCUGACGGCGCUGGGCGAUCUGUUGGGUAGCAGUUUGUUGGCUGUGGCUUGGCUCUUUACGAUGUCUGUGAACCAACAAUACGGCUCCAAUUUGGAUACACUGAAUGCGCCCAACUAGCGGCGCACACACACACACACACACACACACACACACACACACACACACACCCAACAAAACACAACACACACCACCCAACGCACACACAAAAGUAAAAGCCUAUAUAAUUUAGCUGUGGGGGCGUAGCAUCGUUUUCGAUUAGCUCGCCCAGUUUCUUAGUUAGCACGCAAUAAGAUAAUGCAAAUUCAAAACGAUACGAAAUUGCAGCAACAUAAUACAAAGAACUGUAAUGUACCUAAAUUUUAACAUAGAAACUGAAACCGUAUAUAUACAUGUGUGUAUGUUGUAUACA